AUGUGUCUGGUUGGUGGAGAUGAAAAUCAGGGUGCUGUUUUUCUACGUGAGUUUACAUUGAUUCGAAGAGAGAGCCUCAAUGAAGAUUUCCUUUCAGAUUUGCUGAAUCAUAAUCACAAAAUUGAUGAUCCGAGUUCUCGGACUGCUCGGUCGGAGGAGGACCGAGAUACCCUCUGGGAUGCUUGGGGUUCAUGGAGUGACUGUUCUCGUACUUGUGGGGGAGGUGCUUCUUACUCCCUGAGACGCUGCCUGAGCAGCAAGAGCUGUGAGGGGCGAAAUAUCAGAUACAGGACAUGCAGCAAUGUGGACUGCCCUCCAGAAGCCGGUGAUUUUCGUACCCAGCAGUGUUCAGCACAUAAUGAUGUCAAGUAUCAGGGACAAUUUUAUGAAUGGCUUCCUGUCUCUAAUGAUCCUGACAACCCAUGCUCAUUAAAGUGCCAGGCCAAAGGGACAACUCUGGUUGUGGAACUGGCACCUAAAGUCUUGGAUGGGACCCGAUGUUACACUGAAUCACUGGAUAUGUGCAUCAGUGGCUUGUGCCAGAUUGUUGGCUGUGAUCACCAGUUGGGAAGCACUGUGAAGGAAGAUAACUGUGGGGUCUGUGAUGGAGAUGGGUCCACCUGCCGGCUUGUUCGAGGCCAAUAUAAAUCUCAGCUCUUGGCAACUAAACCGGAGGAUACUGUGGUUGCUAUUCCCUAUGGAAGUCGGCAUGUUCGCCUGGUGCUGAAAGGGCCUGGCCAUUUACAUUUAGAAACCAAGACUCUGCAAGGUGUGAAAGGUGAAAACAGCCUCAGCUCCACAGGCUCCUUUCUUGUAGAAAAUUCUAGUGUUGACUUCCAGAAGUUUCCAGACAAGGAGAUACUGAGGAUGUCAGGCCCUCUCACUGCAGAUUUCACUGUCAAGGUUCUUUAUGCUGGUGCUGCAGACAGUACGGUUCAGUUUAUUUUCUAUCAACCUAUUAUUCACCGGUGGAGAGAAACUGAUUUCUUUCCUUGUUCUGCUUCAUGUGGUGGAGGUUAUCAGCUGACUUCUGCUGAGUGCUAUGAUCUGAGAAGCAAUCGAGUGGUGGCUGAUCAGUAUUGCCACUACUACCCUGAAAAUGUUAAGCCAAAGCCCAAGCUUCAAGAGUGCAACCAGGACCCUUGUCCUGCAAGUGAUGGAUACAAACAGAUCAUGCCCUAUGACCUCUACCAUCCACUUCCUAGGUGGGAAAGCACUCCAUGGACUGCCUGCUCCUCCUCUUGUGGAGGAGGCAUUCAGAGCCGCACAGUCUCUUGUGUGGAAGAGGACAUCCAGGGCCUUGUCAGCUCUGUGGAAGAGUGGAAGUGCAUGUACACUCCAAAGAUGCCUAUAGUCCAGCCCUGCAACAUUUUUGAUUGUCCCAAGUGGCUGGCGCAGGAGUGGUCUCCGUGCACUGUAACAUGUGGCCAAGGCCUGAGGUACCGAGUGGUUCUAUGCAUUGAUCACAGAGGGAUGCAUACUGGCGGCUGCAGUCCUAAAACAAAGCCUCAUAUCAAAGAAGAAUGUAUCAUUCCUACACCCUGCUACAAGCCUAAAGAGAAGCUUCCUGUUGAAGCUAAACUACCAUGGUACAAGCAAGCCCAGGAACUGGAAGAAGGAUCAGUGGUAUCAGAAGAACCAACGUUUAUUCCUGACCCCUGGUCUUCCUGCAGCGUGACCUGUGGGGUGGGCAUCCAAGUGCGUUUGGUAAAGUGCCAGGUGCUACUCUCCUUUUCUCAGUCAGUAGCUGAUUUACCCAUCGAUGAAUGUGAAGGGUCCAAGCCAGUCUCAGAACGAGCUUGUUAUGGUGGACCCUGCAACGGGGACACUGGCGAAUAUAGUCCCGAAGAGACCCAUCUCUUGUAUGGCGGCACACAGGAUUUUGAUGAACUCUAUGAUUGGGAGUAUGAAGGCUUCACAGAAUGCUCUGAGUCUUGUGGAGGAGGUCUCCAAGAAGCAGUUGUGACUUGCCUAAAUAAACAGACCAGAGAGUUUGCGGGUGAAGAUCUGUGUGUGACCAGUCGGCGUCCCCCAUGGUUGUUGAAAGCCUGUAACUUGGAUCCUUGUCCCCCGAGGUGGGAGAUGGGGAAGUGGAGCUCUUGCAGUCUUACCUGUGGUGUAGGACUGCAGACCCGUGAUGUCUUCUGUUCUCACCUCCUCUCAAGAGAGACCAAUGAGACGGUGAUUUUGGCAGAUGAACUGUGUCACAAGCCUAAACCCACCAUGGUGAAAGCCUGUAAUCGUUUUGACUGCCCCGCAUCUUGGUAUCCUUCAGAAUGGCAACAGUGUUCCAGGACGUGUGGGGGUGGCACCAAGAAGCGGGAAGUACUCUGCAAGCAGCGGAUGGCUGAUGGAAGUUUCCUAGAGCUUCCAGACACAUUCUGUUCCACUUUGAGGCCAGCUUCUGAACAAGCCUGCAAAAACGAGAACUGCACCCCCGAGUGGCUUCUCUCAGACUGGACGCAGUGUUCGGUGAGUUGUGGUGAGGGAACCCAAACACGAAAUGCUAUUUGCAGGAAAAUGCUGAGCACGGGACUGUCUGCCAUCAUCAACUCGUCGCUGUGCCCUCCUUUGCCAUUCUCGUCUUUGGUGAGACCAUGUGCACUAGCUACAUGUGCUAGACACCAGAGACCAACUCAGAAACAACCGCCCCUUAUAAUGGCCCAAAAGAAAGUUUUCAUCCAAACAAGGAAGCAGAAGAAACUACACUUUAUUGUUGGUGGAUACGCUUACUUGCUCCCCAAAACGUCCAUCAUCCUUCGAUGUCCUGUGAGAAGGUUCCGGAAACCAAUGAUCACGUGGGAGAAAGAUGGCAAACGACUCAUCAGCUCAGUUCAUGUCACUAUUGCUCCGUAUGGCUACAUGAAGAUCCAUAGAUUGAAGCCCUCUGAUACAGGAACGUAUACUUGCACUGCAGGGCCAGCUCAGGAACACUUUGUGAUUAAACUAAUUGGAGGACACAACAAACGUAUUGACGCUCUGUCCGCUGCGAUAAAGGAAGAAGAAGCCCCAAAGAAGACCAGUUUGAAUGAUGCCUUGCAUGCCCAGGAAAAGCAUCAGAACGGAGUUCUCUUCAAUGGAAGCAAGACCGAGAAACGAGGACUUAUUACUGAUUCCAGCAGUCGAUAUGAUGAUGUUGUCUCGAGACUUCUGGAAUACAGAGGCUGGCCUCAUAACAAUGCCAAUUCAGGGGAAACUCAAGACUCCAGUGAGAGAAACAUCUCUUCUGAGGAAGAUCUAGGCCAGGAGUACAACAUUCCUUUCACCAUGGUAGCCAGUCAGGAUCAUUUGGACGGCAUCCUAGGGAACUUAUCUCAACUGCCCGAUGAACUUAAGGAUGGCUAUAGAAAGCAGCUCAUUGCACAGCUUGCCCAUGACAUCUUCAAUAGCCAUUUGGAACAUCAGGAGUCUUUUUUCAAAGCUCAUGGCACAAGAGUCAGUUCUGCUUCAGUGGAGUUCCCAUUCAGUAAGCAAGUUUCUGGGUUUGCCAGCUCCUUAAGAGCUUCUUCUGCCGAAGCGCAUUUGUCAACAUCAGCAGAACUCAUCAAUGGCCCCCACAGGCCUCCCAAAAAACCAGCGAUCCUCAAGAAGAUCUCUGCAGCACAGCAGCUCUCAGCAUCCGAAGUGGUCACCCAUCUAGGACAUACUGUAGUCCUAGCCAGUGGGACCUUGAGCGUACUGCUUCACUGUGAAGCUGCUGGAAACCCAAAGCCCACCAUUAGCUGGGCGAAGAAUGGAGAGGUUGUGAAUUUCAAUGACAGGAUUCUUCUUCAGCCAGAUGACUCCUUGCAGAUCCUGGAGCCAGUUGAAGCUGAUGUUGGCUUCUACACCUGCAAUGCAACUAAUGCAUUGGGAUCUGACUCUGUUUCCAUUGCUGUCACAUUAGCAGGGAAACCACUGAUUAAAACAUCAAGAGCAACUCUGAUCAACAAGGAUUCGCUUACCAUCACUGUUGAUAUUGGAGGCAUAGUGAAAACAAUCCCCAGAGUAAAUGUGACCAUUAGCUGCCAAGUUGCAGGUGUACCCGAAGCAGAGCUCACUUGGUUCAGGAAUAAGAUCAAGCUUGCCCCUGGCCAUCAUCUGCAUGAUGGGUCAUUGCUGAUUGCAAACAUCUCUUUCUCCGAUCAAGGGCUAUACUCUUGCAAGGCAGCCAACAUCCGUGGGGAGAUUACUGAAAGCACACAGCUAUUGGUGUUGGACCCACCACAACUGCCUCAUCGAUCAGAAGACAUGGCAGCCACAUUGUCUCUUGCGGGGCCUGGCAUUCCUUCUGUGAUAACGUCUCCUUCAGGAACCAGAAAAGUGCUCAGCGCUGGGAGUUCUGUCCUCAUAGGCUGCCCAGUGGAUGGUCAUCCGACCCCUAACAUCACUUGGUUAUAUGCUGGUCAACCCAUCAGUAUGCCCCACCAUGUGCUGGCAACUGGUCAGAUUCUUCAGAUACUGAACAUUAGCAAUGAUUAUCAGGGUGAAAUCAACUGCGUGGCUCAAAAUGAGGCAGGCUUCCUCAUACAAAAAACCUCCUUGAUAAUUCAAGACUACUGGUGGUCCAUGGACAAGAUGUCACCCUGUUCAGCCUCUUGUGGUAACAAGGGAAUACAACAUCAUCAGCUGAGAUGCUUACUUGAUAAAACCCAAGUCAACAUAUCUCAUUGCCUGGAGAAGCCCAAACCAAAUCUACAACCCAUUGCUUGUAACAGAAGAGACUGCCCUUCAAGAUGGAUGGUGACAUCAUGGUCCCAUUGUACACAGAGCUGUGGUGGAGGCAUUCAAACCCGGCGAGUGACAUGCCAGAAACUGACAGCUACAGGCAACUCAGUCCCUAUGUCCAAUGAUGCAUGUGCUCAGGUUGCCAAGCGCCCUGUAGAUACCCAGAGCUGUAACAGACAGCUGUGUGUGGAAUGGGCCACUUCUGCUUGGGGACAGUGUAAUGGCCCAUGUGUUGGAUCAAGACUGGCAGUACAGCACAGACAGGUUUUCUGCCAGACCAGGGAUGGAAUAUCUGUAUCUGCAGACCAGUGCGGCUCCCUGCCAAGGCCAUUAAGCACACAGAACUGCUGGACAGAUGCUUGCGGUGUACACUGGAGGGUCAGUUUGUGGACUCUGUGUACAGCUACCUGUGGGAACUAUGGCUUCCAAUCAAGACGAGUAGAGUGUGUGCGUGUUCACACCAACAAACCUGUGCAAGAGCACUUAUGUUCCUGGAGACCAAGACCUGCUAACUGGCAGCGCUGCAACAUCACCCCAUGCGAAAACAUCGAGUGCAGAGACACCACCAGGUACUGUGAGAAGGUGAAACAGCUGAAGCUCUGCCAGCUCACGCAGUUCAAAUCACGCUGCUGUGGGACGUGUGGAAAAGCAUGAAGAAGGGCAGCGGACACUAGGAUGAAUUUGGCACCCACCAGCCUUGCUCUGACUUGUUAUGAGAAGGGCUCCUGG